UAAGCUUAUUUGACUCUUACAAAUGUGUCAAAUUAUUGUACCUUCGAGAGGACGGUCUUUGUUGAUUUAUUGCAUCGUGAUUUGUUACUAUUCUAUUGACUUUAUAAAAGAAUAGAAUAUGUAGCAAAUAAACAGUGAGAUAUAUUCAUGAAAGAAAUCCUUAAAGAGAAGUAUCGAAUAACCUACAUCUCUUGACAUCUAACUAGUGUUGAUCAGCGUAUCGUUACGUUUUGUGAAUUAUUCUCAUCAGCUUGAGAAGAGAAUUUACCGACAAGUGCAUCGCGUAUCGUAGUAUCCGCGAUGAUGCGGCAAGAAAUAACUUUGACGAAGCCGGCACGUAAAAAACCGAACAUUGAUGCAUCGAUAGCUGAAUGAUUUUCAAAAAUACUAUAGAACAAGAAUUUUUAGCGAGUCCUUGUUUUGUUCUCGGAUCUAUCCUUUACCAUAAAUACAUCGAUGAUCUUUUAAAGAAUCGUACUUGAAGUGUUAUAGGCAUACAUGAAAUGGGUAGUGCUUGGUGGCAGUGUGCUGCAUGUUUGAGAACACAAGAAGAAGAUAUCUGCGAGUUGCAUUUGAAUAAUUGUAAUCUUUAUGAUGUACCACCUGACGUGUUCAUUUAUGAAAGGACAUUAGAGAAAUUGUAUCUUGAUGCCAAUAGGAUAAAGGAUCUUCCAAGGCCACUGUUUCAGUGCCAUGAAUUACGAGUACUUUCUCUCAGUGAUAAUGAAGUCACAACAUUACCACCCGCCAUAGCAUCAUUAAUUAACUUGGAAUAUUUAGACCUCAGUAAAAAUAGUAUUAAAGAGCUACCAGAUAGUAUAAAAGAGUGUAAAAAUCUUCGUUCUAUAGAUAUCAGUGUUAAUCCAUUUGAACGUUUCCCUGAUGCUAUUACACAUAUUGUUGGAUUAAGAGAAUUGUAUAUAAAUGAUGCAUAUAUAGAAUAUUUACCAGCAAAUUUUGGAAGACUUUCAGCUUUGAAAACGUUAGAACUUAGGGAAAAUAACUUGAUGACAUUACCAAAGAGUAUGAGCCGUUUAAUAAAUUUGCAAAGACUUGAUAUUGGUAAUAAUGAUUUCACUGAAUUGCCUGAAGUUGUUGGGGAUCUUAUCAAUCUCACUGAAUUGUGGAUAGAUGGUAAUGAUAUUAGACGUGUACCACUCAACAUUAAUCAGCUUUACCGUUUAAAUCAUUUUGACUGUACAAUGAAUGCAAUUCAUAUUAUACCAUCAGAAGUAGAAGGAUGGAGAGAUAUUUCGAUUAUGCAUCUUUCAUCAAAUGAAAUUUAUCAGUUACCAGAUUCCCUUUGUUAUCUACGUACAAUUGUGACUCUUAAAGUUGAUGACAAUCAAUUGAAUGCACUGCCAAAUGACAUUGGACAAAUGUCAAGCUUAGAGGAGCUUAUAGUUACUAAGAACUUCCUUGAAUAUUUGCCAUCAUCAAUAGGACUUUUGCGAAAAUUACAUUGUUUAAAUGUAGACAAUAAUUACUUGAGGUGCCUUCCACCAGAGAUUGGAAGUUGCACAGCAUUAUCGUUGCUAUCAUUGAGAUCGAACAAUCUAACUCGAGUUCCACCUGAAUUGGGACAUCUAUCCUCUUUAAAAGUACUCAAUCUUGUAAACAACUGCAUCAAAUUUUUGCCUGUUUCUAUGUUGAAUUUGAGUAAUUUGAAAGCAUUAUGGCUGAGCGACAAUCAAAGUCAACCAUUAGUGCCAUUGCAGCAGGAAUUCAAUUGUGAAGAGGACAUGAUGGUGUUAAGUUGCUUUAUGCUUCCACAAAAACCGCGGCAAGAACUUGAACAAGUAACACCAGCUGUAGGAUUAAUUUCAAGUUCGAUUGUUGGUACUGGAAAAAGAAUAUGUUUUGCUGCUGAGGUAGAAUCUGAAAUCCCUAGACAACUUCAUCGAGCACCGACUCCCUACCCUAAAGAGCUGCGCAACCUUGCUAGGCAUGCCCGAAAUUUGCAUCAUCAAUCAGCGCAUGAUCAAAGAAUGCAUUUAGAACAGGAGACUAUGAUCAAAGAAGCUAUUAUUGCUACAACUACUCUGGACCUUACCUCAAAAUCUGGGACCUGUCUUUCACAAAGUUUAUUUAAUAAGGAUUCACACUCAUCGUUAUCACCAAUUGAACAUUAUACAUCAAAGGCAUGCAAGAAUAAUAGUUCUAUGGAUAUUGGAACAGAGCAAUCUGUUUCAGAAGAAUCUUCCGAUGAAGCAAACAAGACCGUACUUGCAAAAGAAAAAAGUCCGGAUAUCCGAGAAGCAAAAUAUAUUCGUAAUCCCACGUCUGAGUAUCUUUCCAAAACUCCAACAGUAGCAGAUUAUGUAAAUUCUACUUGGAAACCGGAUGAGUACUCGAAGGCAAACACAGCAAAAAUUGUUGAAUCAGACAAAUUUAUUGAACCCUAUAAGACUAUGCCUAUUGCCGCGAACAACAAAAAUACCGAUCAUGUUCAAGUGUCGAAAGUAAAUGAAGUUCCACCCGUCCCGCCACCGUACCAUAUUGCAGCCGCAUUUUCAAAAAAGGCGGCACUUUUUCAGCAAUUGAAUCAAUCAGCUCCAUUAGACUUGUCAACGAUGGCUCCUCCACCAAUUGAUAUGAACAUAUCAAAUUCGAAAAUAUCGCAGGGAACGGAAAUACAAAAUUAUGAUGGAGAACCAUUUAAAGUUGAAGAGCAUUUAUACAAUGACAAAUUUGUAUUGAAUAAUACAGAUAUGACAAACACCUCAAGUAACGAUGGAAAUAUAAACUCUUUUAGCGGUACCGAUCAACACACGUUAACGGAUUCGAUCGAUCCAGCAGCACAGUCAUUAGAAGGAGAUCGAUCGUUAAAACCAAGUAGAAUUCCUAUUUUAAAGACGAAACAUUUGGAAAGUACGAAUUCUAUUUCAAAUAGCGAUCUAUCGAACAAAUGUACAAAUUCUUCUGUUGAAGACUAUGAAGCUUCAAAGAUAUUGAACGCGUCGUGUAUACCAACAUCUCCUAUAACUGGGAAAAAAUAUCGAAGUCCGCUAUCUAUGCAACCUAAAGUUUCGGAUCGACCAAAAAAGAUAAUAAACGGAUCUGUUUCAAAUAAUAAUACUUCCUGUGAUAAUUUAUCCAUAAAUGCAAUAAACUCGAGUCCAGUUACAAAUUCAAAUAUGGAAGGAAUUUCAAAAACUUCAUCUAUCGAAACGACGAAUACGAACAGUUCGAUCAACAUAAAAAAUGAAACUAGCUCUGGUCGAAGUACUCCAAUUCUAGCGAAUAAUAAAUCUUUAAAUGAGGUGACCAAUUCUAACAUUGAUAAUUAUAAAGUUGCUGGACUGAAUGAGUCAUUACAUUCAGAAAGAAAACCAAGAUUUAAAUGGAUGUUUGGGCCGCACAAAAAUGCUAACGUAUUGCCUGUUCAAGUGAAAAAAAAUCCAGGUCUUGGUUUCAGCAUUGCUGGUGGAGUGGCAGGCGCAGAAACCGGAAUAAUUGUGACUAAAGUGAAUCCAGAUGGUCCAGCACAAGGUACCCUUCGACCAGGAGAUAAGAUCUUAGAAGUCGAUGGUAUAGAUUUCACUAAAUCUGAUCAUAACAAUGCUGUCGCUGUCCUUCGAGCAACCGGAGCAGUAGUAUCUAUGAUGAUUAGUCGUCAUCAAUGACAUCCAGUUAGAAAACGCAAUGAUAUCUUCUUUUUAUUUUCUGUAACUAGUGAUCAGUUUAUACACAUCAAACUGAAUACAUUUCACGUAAGUUUUUUUAGUGUAUAUAUUUCUUUAACUAAUAUUAGUAUAUACCAAUAUACUUAUAAAUACACAAAAGAAAUGGAAGUUCCAUUUUGUUUCUCCUGAACGCUUGUUUUCAUGGUAGUAGAUCAUAUUCCCUUUGAUACUGUCAAGCAAUUGAAUGACUGAAACAGCGUUACCAAAGGUGGGAGUGAUGGUAUUUAUUUGAGGAAAAUAUUUCUGGCUUCCAGUGGUUACAACUUGUGAACUAAGCUUUUUAAAAACAGAAAUAAUUUUGAGGAAGAAUUCUAUUCUUAGGUUAUACCAUAGAUUAGAAACGCGUUCUCUUGCACAAUUUAGGACGAGGAAAAGAAUUUGAAAUGUGAUGUAUAAAAAAACUAUUUUUAAGAAAAAUUCCUUCAUGGGCCAAUCCACAGCUUACUCAUAUUAUUUGGUUAUAUAAGUAGGUAAAAUAGGAACUAUUUAGUGAACAAUCAUAAGAUGAUAAGUUUCUUCCCGAAUUUCUAUCUCCAAAAGAAUGCAUAUAUUUGUGUUGUUUUAUGACGUUGAUUAUAUUUGUGUCAACUCACUUGUUCUCUUUGCAGAGAGCUGACAAUGUGCCAGAAA